AGUGAGGCGGACUUGGCGCUAAAGUCCAGUAACAAUGUGACCAAUCAGCACACUCCUGCUCUUUGUCCUCAAAGACAACCAGCGGCACUCUGCGCUCGACUGCUUCUGUCUGGACAGUGACAGCCAUGGCGGAACAGGAGGAUAAUGUUACCAUUCCUCACUUCAACACUCUCCUCCAAAUGGACCCUUAUCUCAAGCCUUACCAGAAGGACUUCCACAGGAGGUAUGAGCUGUUCCAAAAGCAUCUUUUCCAGCUAGAAGAGGCAGAGGGAGGUUUCGACCAGUUCACACGGAGCUACAGGACCUUCGGCGUGCACCGACGGCCCGACAACAGCCUGUUCUUUCGGGAGUGGGCUCCAGCUGCAGAGGCCCUCUUCCUCACCGGAGAUUUCAAUGGCUGGGACAAAUUCUCCCACCCGUACGCCAAGCGAGAUUACGGCAAGUGGGAGCUGGUUCUUCCGGCCAGGCAUAACGGCGCUCCUGCUGUGGAUCACAACACCAAGCUCAAGGUGGUGGUCCACACCAAGGCAGGGGAACGUCUCUAUAGGAUUUCACCGUGGGCCAAAUAUGUGACCAAGGAGAACAAAUGUGUCGUCUACGACUGGAUCCACUGGGACCCCCCGCACCCGUACAUUCACAUCCACCCGCGUCCCAUGAAACCCACGCGGUUGAGGAUCUACGAGGCGCACCUGGGCAUCGCGUCGCCCGAGGGCAAGAUCGCCUCGUACAGCAACUUCCGCGACAACAUGCUGCCCCGUAUCAAAGACCUGGGUUACAACUGUAUUCAGAUGAUGGCCGUCAUGGAGCACGCCUACUACGCCAGCUUUGGCUACCAGGUCACCAGCUUCUUUGCCGCUUCCAGUCGCUACGGCAACCCAGAGGAGUUGAAGCAGCUGAUCGACGUGGCGCAUUCGCUGGGAAUCGUGGUGCUGCUGGACGUCGUCCACAGCCACGCCUCCAAGAACACUGAGGACGGCCUCAACGCCUUCGACGGGUCCGACUCAUGUUUCUUCCACUCGCCCCCUCGGGGGGUGCACAGCCAGUGGGACAGCCGCCUCUUCAACUAUUCCAGCUGGGAAGUGAUGCGCUUCCUGCUGUCCAACCUGCGCUGGUGGAUGGAGGAGUACAAGUUUGAUGGCUUCCGAUUCGACGGCGUCACCUCGAUGCUGUACCAUCACCACGGGAUAGGAAUCGGCUUCUCUGGGGACUACAGCGAGUACUUUGGCCUGCAAGUGGAUGAGGACUCUGUGGUGUACCUGAUGUUGGCCAAUCACAUCCUGCACACGCUCUACCCAGACUGCAUCACCAUUGCUGAGGAUGUGUCGGGCAUGCCCGCCCUCUGCAGGGAUCUGAAGGAGGGAGGACUUGGCUUUGACUACCGUCUGGCUAUGGCCAUUCCUGACAAAUGGAUUCAGAUCUUGAAGGAGUUGAAGGACGAAGACUGGAACAUCGGCGACAUCGUCCACACGCUGACCAACCGGCGCCACACGGAGAAGAGCAUCGCCUACGCCGAGAGUCACGACCAGGCUCUGGUUGGGGACAAAACGUUGGCGUUCUGGCUGAUGGACAAGGAGAUGUACACCAACAUGAGCUCGCUGGCUCCCAUGACGCCUGUCAUCGAUCGCGGCAUGCAGCUGCAUAAGAUGAUCCGCCUCCUCACGCACGGUCUGGGCGGGGAAGGCUACCUCAACUUCAUAGGCAAUGAGUUCGGUCACCCUGAGUGGUUGGAUUUCCCCCGCAAAGGCAACAACGAGAGCUACCACUACGCCCGCCGGCAGUUCAACCUGCUGGACGCGCCGCAACUGCGCUACAGUCAGCUCUACGCCUUCGACCGCGACAUGAACCGCACUGAGGACAAGUACGGCUGGCUGGCCGCUCCCCCGGCCUUUGUCAGCGCCAAGCACCAGGAGGACAAGGUCAUCGUGUUCGACAGAGCCAACGUGCUCUUCAUCUUCAACUUCCACCCCAGCAAGAGCUUCCAGGACUACAAGGUUGCCGUGGAAGCACCCGGAAAGUACAAAAUCAAGCUGGACUCGGAUGAGACCGUGUAUGGAGGUCAUGGACGGCUGGACCACAACACCGAGUUCUUCACUGAGGCGCAGCCCUUCAAAGGUCGCGCUAAUUCCAUCCAGGUGUACAUCCCCUGCAGGACCGCCAUCGUGCUGGCCAAUGAGGAGAUGGAUUACUGUUAUUAGACCGUCGCCCUCACAAACGGAUCCCGCCCUCAGACCGAGUGUUAACAAUCACCUUUUGUCUUUUAAAGUGUCAACUCCCGACUCACUUGGUGUCUGCAUGCACCCCCAAACACACACAAACACACACACACACACACGAAAACACGAUUGAUUGAUAUUGCUGCACAAAGUAGCCUUAAUUCUUCAUUAUAGAUCGCUUAUGCAACAUUUGCAUAGAAUAAUACAGCCGAACCUCUAUAUACGACCUUAAUUGGUUCUCAAACGUAAAAAGUUUGUAUAUAUUCCUCCUUAAACAAUGUAAAUGUGAAUAAUUGGGUUCCAGCGUGGACCAAAGUCCAUAUUUUUAGUGAAGGUUUAAAGACAAUAUAAAGUGCCAUACAGUACUGCGUAGCAAACAGGGUGGGUCGACUUUAUAUUCAUUAAUAAGGUAAAACAACGGCAAGCUCAACUGUGCCGCAUGUGCUGCUCUACCAACAUGCAUGCCCUCACACGCGAUCAGAAAUCCCCCCAAAUCUUUAACUUUACCAUACCACAACAGAUAACAUUUCGAAAUGUAAAAUCUGCGUAUGUUGACGUCGGUAGUCCGUUGUGAAACAGGUCUGCUUUGGCAUAUUUUUUCCAAAAAAAGUCAGUUCUAAUCUCAAAUGACAGACUUCCCCCGAUCUCUUCAAUACGAGCAAGACACAAUAUUGGUUGAGCGAAGCAUCUGGACACAACCCAAAAAGUUAGUCAUUUGAAAAGUUUGCGAUAUUGGAACCUUGAGUAAUGGCCAAUACGGAUUUGAUCCAAUACGAUAUCAGCAGGAAUCAUAGAAGUGAAGUGAAAUGAGUCAAACAGAGAAAAAUAUUAGCUAUGAAAAACUCUAGCAUUUUUAUUAUUAACCGUCUGGAAUUGACUUAGGCUGUCUGUAAGUUGAAGUGGAGAGGUAAUUGUUUAUAGCGACACCUGGUGGUCACAAUAUUUCAUGAAGUUAAGCUCAGUAAGUGUGACGAUGCCGACACGGUUGUUACUGGAUAUUUUUUAAUUUGCCUUGUAGACUUUGUGUAUGUAAGUAAUAUAUAACUAAUUAUUUGGAUACUUGUUUAUAUUAACACAUGUCACCUUUUGUUGUUAAAUGAUUAUUACCUAUGUCUAGCUGGUGUGUAGCUGCUAGCUCCUAUAGCCUAGCAUGUUUACCUUUUGUAAAUUACUUAAGUAAAAUAGAAGAAAGUGUGUGUUUAUUGACGGACAUUUUGUAGAAGCUUUAAGCAACGAACGAUUCGAUUGAGAAUGGAUUUUUGAUUUAACACGAUUUUCGCAGUGUUUUAUUUGGUGUUAUAAUUAUAAUGAAACUUUGUCAAAUAUGUGGGGCAAAAAAGUAUUUAGUCAGCCACCGAUUGUGCAAGUUCUCCCACUUAAAAUGAUGACAGAGGUCUGUCAUUUUCAUCAUAGGUACACUUCA